AAGGGAUGAUUGGUCUUCGUUCGCGACGUCGACCGUUGGACCGCACAAUGACUGUUUCGAGAGCUGUGCAGGCGGAUAAAUGAUAGAGAUCGAAUUCGAUUGUUGCCGACAUUAAAAGAUUAAUAGCUGGCUCGCGCCUCAGUUGCUGGGCGAUCAGCUCUCCAGGGUUUCGACCUCGAUCCAAAUCUCCUCUCGGCGAUGGGGAUCGAUCUCUUCGACUCCUGCGAUCCGCGCGCCGACGACGUCGACCUCUCCAAGAUCGAGGUCGACCAGCAGUACGCCCGGCGAUUGGAGAACAAUAAGAAGCGGGAGGCCCUCCAGAGGUAUGAGGAGCUCAAGAAGCGUGGCCUCGCCGGCAACUCCGACGACUUCGACGAGGGCGAGUCCUAGUCAGAUGACGGCGACGACGAUCCCGUCGACUCCGGUAAGAGGGACCUCCAGUUCUUCAAUGCCCUCGUCAGGGAUCGAAAGAAGGACCCCAGUAUCCUCCAAAAAGAUGCACAAAUCUACUCAUCCGAUGAAGAGGCGGGGGAGGAGAAGCCCAAAGCUGCGAAAAAGGAGAGACCUUAGUAUCUGAAGGAUGUCAUGGCCCAGCAUUUGAUCGAAUAAGGACCGGAAUUCGAUGAGAAGCCACUAAAAGAUAACCGCAAGGUCGAGCAGGAGGAUGGUCUCAAGGCAUUCCUGGAGGCGGCGGAGAAAGAGGAAGCAGAAGCCGUGUCUGAGGAUGAUGGCGAUAUCAUUAAAGAGAAGGAGGCGGUUGUGAAGGAGGUUGAUGAGGACGCCGAUGAGCGUAGCAAGAAAUUGGAUGAUUACUUUGGGAAAGAUGAUGGAUUGAACGACGAUGAUUUGUUUCUGAAGAACUAUUUUCUCCAGAGGUCGUGAGCGAUGAAGGAUAAGGACGAAAAGCCGUCCUUUUAUGACAUUGAUGUUUCAGAGGACGAGGAUGAGCUGGACAAGCAGGAUAGGUAUGAGGUGGAAUACAAUUUCCGGCACGAGGAAGGGGAGGCAGACCGAGUUCUGGGUCACUCGAGGUUUAUUGAAGGGUCGGUGAGGAAGACGAGGAGCAGGAAGCUGGAGAGGAAGAGCAAGGAGGAGAGGAUGGCGCAGGCUGAGUUUGAGAGGAAGGAGGAGCUGAAGCACUUGAAGAAUC